UUAAGAUGGAUGGCAAUGGUCACCUGUGAUUUGUUACCAUGAUGGAUCAAAGUAUUAGUAGAAAUUUCUGUUCCUUUCAAACAGAAAUUAAAGAUCCAAUCCAUUGGAAAAUCUCUUCUCUGCUCCUGGUAAUACAACAUGGAUUCAGUUCACUCUCAAUGGAUAAUUGUUUUCCACAGUGUGUGUCAAGAAAAAGUUCACACGUGGUGCAGCUCAUAAUACGCUAUUGCAGAAUGCUUUGAAAGUUGAUUGCUGCUAAGAUUUUCUGAACCAAAUCAUAGUGGUACAUAGCUUUUAUAGUAAAGAGGAGUACACUGGUUGUCAAAUUGAAUUUGAAAGUAUCGGCUUGAGCAAGCUAGGUAGUUAUUCAGUUAGUGCUCUGCCCAUUCACUUUCACCAUUUUGGCCUGCUCUCUCCCUCCAGCAGACAGGAUUGAACCAUUUUCUAUAAAUUGUGAUCUGAAGAUUAGACUCCGACUAGUAUUUCCAUAGAUUAUGCAAUGGCUUGAUAUGCAAAUCCACUUGUGCAGGUCAAACUCUACCAGUGCAGGAACUAAUAUAUCUUAUUCAAAGGAAUUGCUUUUGGGCACAAAUUCUUUGGUGAACUUGAGUCAGAUAACAGAAGAAGAAAUGAAGGUUGGUUCACCUGCGGCGGCGACACGGUGGCCAUUCUUCGUCUUCUUAGGCGGAUCCAUGUUCUGCCUCCUCUCGAGCAGCAUUUGCCACCUUUUCUCAUGCCACUCACGCUGCUUGAACAUCCAGCUGCUGCGGAUGGACUAUGUGGGUAUCACGGUCAUGAUCAUCACCUCAUUUUUCCCCCCAAUCUACUACAUUUUCCAGUGCGAGCCCCAUUGGCAACUGAUCUACCUUGGUGGAAUAACGGCGAUGGGGAUGUUCACUGUCAUGACACUGCUAACCCCUUCUCUUUCUUCUGGGAAAUUCCGGGCAUUUCGGGCAAUGCUCUUCUCGUCCAUGGGGUUUUUUGGUAUCGUACCUGCAAUCCAUGGCUGCAUUGUGAAUUGGAGCAAUCCCCACCGCUCAAUCACGCUUGCUUAUGAGUCGGCCAUGGCGCUAUCUUUUACAGGAACUUUGUUUUAUGUUAGCAGGAUUCCUGAGAGGCUAAAACCGGGUUGGUUCGACCUUGCUGGUCACAGCCAUCAGAUAUUUCACGUCUUUGUGAUCAUGGGUGCCUUGGCUCAUUAUGGCGCUACUUUGUUGCUCUUACAGUGGCGAGAUAGAGUUGGGUGCAAUGGAACUGUGUAACGAUACUAGAAUUUGUCAAAAUUCGAUUCAUUUUGAUUGAAGAGAGUGUGAGCUAUUAUUUGCUCGGGGUUCGUGAUAUUACGUUGUUAGUGUGUGUACACCCCAAAUCAAGAAGCCUCAAGGAGAGUUGGCGCUCCAUGACAGAGGAGAUGCCUCCAUUUAUAAAGAAGUGGAAUGCUCAUUGUAUUUGUUAUAUACUUCUCAUUAUCCGUGGAUAAUUUGAUUUUACAAUGUGAUCAUAUGCGGGUAAUAAUCUUUUCUGGUUUCAUGUUA